AUGACGAUAGAUACAGAUGAAACAAUGCAGGGCCUCUGGGUUCUAGGGUACGGGUCCCUCAUCUACAAGCCACCACCACAUUAUAAAUACAGAAUCCCUGCAACAAUAUAUGGAUUUAUGCGUAGAUUCUGGCAAAGCUCCAUUGAUCAUAGAGGUACACCAGACAGCCCUGGUAGAGUAGUUACGCUGAUUCCCUACGAUGAGAUCGUAUCACGCCCUGAAUUUUCUCAGGAUUUGAAAUUAUAUUCUCCUAAUUUUGAUGAUAUUAAAGGUGCUAAUGACUUGACCACGUUAGGGGUCGUUUAUUAUAUCCCUACCGAGUUUGCAGAUCAAGUUAGAGAAUAUUUGGAUGUAAGGGAGCAGAAUGGAUACACUCUACAUGAAGUCGAGGUGCAUUUGAAUACUACUGGCGAACAGGAGAGGGCAUUGAAACAUGUUUUGUGUAAACUCCCAUUUCAUAAUGAGACAAAGAAGAGAAUUUUGAAGACAAAUGUAUACAUAGGAACAGUGACAAAUGAAGCAUUUGUUGGACCUGAAGCUAUACAUGAUACUGCAAAAGUAAUUUCUACUUCAAGGGGACCUAGUGGACCCAAUAUUGAGUAUCUUAAGUUAUUACAUGAUUCUAUUGAAUUCAUGAGCGACAAUGAACUGUUACCAACCUCAGAUAUUUAUUUGAAUAAACUUCUGAGACAAGUCGACAAAAUUAAUAAUUGA